AUGGCCUCCUCGCCGCAAACGCCGCGGCACUCGAGGCAGUCCUCCUUUGUGGACAAUAAUCACUAUUCCUCUCCUGGCUCCUCGCCCAACGCCAAACGACGCACUUCCAAAUCCUCCUUUCAAGAUCUCAUGACCCCCAUGUCGCACAACAUGAACGACCAAGACCUCAGCACCUUCAGCGGCGGGAAUUUUGACGGCGGUGACAACGGGCUUGGCAACCUAGCAGACGAGCUGGCAGAUGCCCUCUCGGGCGACGAAGACGACGAUGGCUACUACGAGGACGGAGACGGUGACGGCGAAGGAGAAGGCGAAGGCGAACAGCCAUCCGACGGUGGUCUCGAGUCGCCCAAGGACCGUGCCGAGGAUAUUCGAGACAGCGGUGUAGAUGUUGAGGAUCGCAAACAACUACCAGCAAGAAACAAGAACCUAGAGCUCAGCCCACCGCCAAAUCCCAAGAGCCACCGCAGACAAGGCAGUGCAUACGAUGGAAGUGAAUAUGGUUCAGAGUCCGAUCUAGAGUCUGCCGGCAUGCCCCCCAGCUUGGUGGCCAGGAUGGACGCCGUUGAAUCACUUGCAAGGAGGGGGACAGAGAGCGGACCUGCCGACAAGGUCUUUCAUCGGGUAACAGAAGGCCUGCGCGACCUGGGAUCACAAGCCAGCGUAGAGGGCAGCACAACCAGGCUGAUCACAGCACACUCGGCCUUGGCAACCCAUCUGGCGCAUCAGACUCGCCAAUUACACAAUCUCACAUUCCCGCUCCUAUCACCAUUGGUGAUGCCCCCAGACGCAGAGACCAUAGAUGAUUUACUACCUCUGCUGAACUCCCUUUCGGACGACAUGCCGCGGCCAGCAACCGCAGCGUACAACUCCCUGUCAGCCCUGCAAACCCUCACAUCGGACCUGGUCCAGACCUUGAACUAUCUUUCAGACACACUGCACAUGUCUCGCCAGACGACAACAACGGCAACGAGGAGGCUCAAGUCUGCCAAGGACAUGGUGGCAGACAUGAGGCGGGAAGAGGAGCUCAGAGAGGAGGGCGAGAGGUGGCUCACCAGGGGAAACUGGGGCGAGCGCCUCGAGAAGAGGGAAUGUGCCGACGUCUGUCGAGACGUUGUCAGUGGUUUUGAGCAAAUGUGCAACGACUGGCGAGCCAGACUAGUUGCACAAGAAGCCGAAUCAUCUGCAUAA